AUGUAUAGAAAUUAUUUAUUGGUAUUAGUUCUACUGGUACUAUGUAUAAUAACUAAAAAUGGUGGUGUUGUUUUUGCAGGAGUAGAUGAUCAAUGUAUGACAUGUCGAUCUAAUGGUCAAACAUGUGAUCGGUUCCCAGAUCGAUCCAUUUGUCAAGACGGUUCCGACUGUAGACAAUCAAACGGUACAUUUACCUGUAAGAAGAUUCCAACUCUUGGAGAAUCAUGCGUAGACACUCAAUAUUGUUAUGGUGGAUAUUAUUGUUCAAAAGGAAUUUGUAUUAAAGCUUAUUAUUUAGGUUUCAAUGAAACUUGUGUAAAUGAUCUUGAUUGUGCAACAGGUUUAAAGUGUUUAAAUACUACCAAUAGAUGUACGAAUGAAAUCUAUCCAUCGUGUUCAGCUGACACAAUGUGUAAACCAGACGAAGUGUGCGUUGACGAUAAAUGCGUUGUUGCUUUGGCCGACGGUGGAUCCUGUCAAGUUCAAAGUGAUUGCGAUGUUUCUCAAAAAUUAAUUUGUUCCAAUGGUAUUUGUAUUGGUUCUGAUGAUGUCGAAAAACAAGUUUGCUCAAUGGAGCCAACCGAGUCAAAAUAUGAAUGUCCAUCCUAUUCAUUGUUAUUGUUAUGUACUUUGAGUAUAUCUAUGGGUGCUGGAAUAUGUUUGCGAUGUUUAAAUGUAGGUGAUGUUUGUAAUCCUGAUGCAUCAGUAUGUCCUGUUGGUUCAAAAUGUAUAAAAUCCGGAUCAAAUUCAAGCAAAUGUUUGCAAAUCCCAGCACCCGGAGCAGAUUGCUCAGUACUACAAGUAUGUGCCGAUGGAUACUCAUGUAGUGCAAAUACAUCAACCUGUAUUGCUACAAACUAUUUAGGAUAUGGAGAAAAAUGUUCAAACGAUUAUGAAUGUACAUCUGGAUUGCAAUGCCAAGGUACUUGUAUAAAUGAAGACUAUCCAAAGUGUGAUGACAGAGGUGAUUGCAAACCAGGACAAGUCUGUUCACAAGGAACUUGUACAAAGGUAUUUGCAGACGGUGAUCCAUGUAAAGCCGAUUCAGAAUGUAAAAUGUCAAGAAGUUGCUUGUUGGGUGUCUGUACACUACCUUUAACCGUGAAAGAAGGUGGUGAUUGUUUCAAUAGUUUAAGUUGUGAUCUUUCAAGUAAUUUAUUAUGUUUACAAGGAACAUGUACUGCAGAUGAAGUCGAUAUAAAAUGUUCAAUGGAUCCUAAGAACUAUGAUACAUUCUGUCCUGACUUGUCAACUUGUAUGUGUAGUGGUGCUUCUUCUAAUACUACUGGAAAGUGUAGAGCUUCAACAAACAUGUCACCCGAUGACUUUACACCAUACUUUGAUUGCUUAGAAAAGACAAAAUGUCCUUUCGUAAGCAAUAUUCUCAAGACAUCUUGUUUAUACGAGUGUCAAUCUCUAAGUCCAUUAAAUCCAACCGAGAAAUACAAUAAUCUAUGUAAUAUAAGUACUGGUAACUCUCUAAAGAGAAUUUCCAUUCUGUCGAUCUUAACUCUAUUAAUAUCUUGCUAUUUCAUUUUAUAA